GCUAACUCUUCAGAGUCGGACGGCGCGGGAGGGCGGGCUGAAGAAGAGGCUGAGUUCGGAGCCUAGUAGCUGCAGCCAGCCAGCGGCAGCGGAGCAAGCCGGGCCAUGAGGAGCUGCCGCGACUCCUGGGCGACUCCCCCCAACUUCCUUGCCUCGUUGCCCCCGCGGCGGGACCCCUUGUAGAGGAGAGGAUGAGGAAAAGCAGGGUGCUCCGGAUGGUCCUGGCCACUUGCCUGGGCUCUCUGCUUCUGGUGCUCUUCUACUUCCAGAGCAGCCUCAACCCAGCUGCAGAGGAGAGGAUUCUGAAAACCAGCUGGCAUGGGAAGUCUGGUCGAAGUCCACUUCAAACUCUUUACAGUAGUGACCAGUUUGAGCAGUCCUCUCUGCAGGUGACUCACCAACAGAGGCGGGAAUUGCUGAACAACGUGUGCAAUCGCUACACCCGCAAGCGGCGCCUCCUUACUGCUGAUGACUUGCGCCACCUGGUGGUCGAUGAUGUCCAUGGGCUGCUCUACUGUUACGUCCCCAAAGUGGCCUGCACUAACUGGAAGCGAGUCAUGAUGGUCUUAACAGGGCAGGGCAAAUAUCAAGACCCGUUGGAUAUCCCGGCCAACGAAGCCCACGUAUCAUCCAACCUGCGCAUGCUCUCUGAGUAUAGUACUCCUGAGAUCAACUACCGCUUGCGUAACUACCUCAAGUUCAUCUUUGUGCGGGAACCUUUUGAACGGCUGGUUUCAGCCUAUCGCAACAAGUUCACCCGUAGCUACAACACGGCGUUCCAUAAGCGCUACGGGACAAAGAUAAUCCGCCGGCAUCGGCAGAACCCUAGCAAAGAGGCCCUGGAGCAUGGCCACGAUGUACAUUUUGAGGAGUUUGUGUACUACUUGCUGGAUCCACGGACACAGCAUGAGGAGCCUUUCAAUGAGCACUGGGAGCGGGUGCACUCCCUCUGCCACCCGUGCAUCAUCCACUACGAUGUAGUGGGCAAGUAUGAGACAUUGACUGAGGAUGCCAACUACAUCCUGCGGCUGGUUGGGGCUGACGCAGGCGUCAAGUUCCCAUCCUCCUCCAAGACCACCAGGACCAAUGACGACAUGACAGCCAAGUUCUUCCAGAACAUCAGCCCCUUCUACCAAAGAAGACUAUUUAAUUUAUACAAAAUGGAUUACUUGCUCUUCAACUACUCCAUCCCUUCUUAUUUACACAUCCGAUGAGGCUGGUGACCCUGUACCUCCUGCACCGUGUCUGACUUUUGCUGCCAACCACAGAACCUAGACAGGAGAUACGUCUCCUUCCCCACUUAACCCCGCCCCCCCCGCCCUCGCUGUGAUGGACAAUCUUGUUAGAUUCCAGUGUAACAGUGCUGCCACUGUUCUGUCUCUUCCUCUCCCUGUUCCCAUAAAAGGAAUCUACUUCUGUUUGUUUACCCUUCCUAUCCCUCAGCCAAAGAGCGUUGUUUUCAGGAAGUCCUGGAAUUGUGGCCUUGUGUCCGGAGAUGGAAGAGUCAAUCAGGAACAGCCGGAGAAGAAAUAAAAUAUGUAUUUUUCUCUCUCUGUGUGAACAUUCCCUUAAGUCUCUCUCUUCCUCAUGGAUUGGAGCAUUUGAGCCAAAAAAUGUCUUGUAAACAAUGCCUUAGUAUAUGAACUAGACAUUUUUGUGUGUGUGAGACGAAGCCAAUUUCAUUUCCCCUUCUCCAUUUUCUCUCUCAAUUGGCAUUUGAUAUAACAGGGCACCUUCUUCUGGCACUACCAACCAAAUUCUACUCCCAUGCAAAUUCCAUUGGCAAGCGUAGGGAUGGUGCUGGAGUAGUGCUUAGUCAAGUGUGUGUGUGUGUGUGUGUGUGUGUGUGUGUGUGUGUGUGUGUGUGUGUGUGCACGUGAAUGUCCUGACCAAAAUAAUAUUUAUUGACUUGCUUCCAUCUUUUUUUAAAAAGAAAGAGCACGUAUUGAUUGUGUGAAGAGGUUGCUUUCUCUCUCUCUUUUACUCCACCUAGCAAAUGGUGAGACUAGCCUAUCUAAACUCCAGAACUGGACUCUUUAGCUGAAGCUGCUGGAGAGUUCCUCCUCCCAUGUGGUCCAUCUGCUAAAUAUAAGUGCUAUCUGGUUGCCACUCUUUCCCUUGACUUCUGCCUUGUUCGUGUUAUGCUUCAACUCUGAUUCAUACUCUCCCCCUGAAGAUUGUUUUAAAAACCCUGAACUCUUGUCCCAGUUGCUUGGCCCAGGCCUGAAGCUGCUGCCCCAGUUAGACCCCUUUGGCUGACUCAUGGGGAUGAGCCUCUCUUGGAAUUGUAUCUGAAAUGAACCUGAAUGUCUGGCCCUGAAUUGAAUGAAAAGAGGUGGGCUUGGAAAGGUAGGCUUGUUUUGGAAUUCUGGUUUUAAACUGGAUCUGGUACAGGAUUGGGUAAAGAAAAGAAAUUUGAUCAGGGCUGCUCUCUUCUGUCCCCCAGUGGCUGUUGCUGGUAUCUAUCUUAUGUUUAAUUUUAGAUUGUAAGUCCUUUGAGGACAGGGAUCCAUCUUUAUUUAUUUUUAAUUUUUCUGUGUAAAUCGCUUUGGGAACUUUUGUUGAAAAUACAAACUUAUGUACAUUUGUUGAAAGUACAUAAAUAUUUGUCGUAGUUGUCAUCAUAGUCCCUGCCCCUACUGUUGCAUACGUUUACUUUCCUUUAAGUUUGGAUCAUGUCAUUGGCAAGGAAUAGGUUCAGGGUCUGCACACUAGUUAUUGUUCCCAUCCAAAGCAACUGCUUUCUUUUUCUGUGCCAAGUUAUCUUCAAGGGUGCCAAUUUAUUUUGCUGCAAACAGUUUAGGAAUCCUGAGGAAGAGUAUGCACUCUAAGAUGGGAGAGGCAGAAAACUUUAUUUGGUGUGAUGAUGUAGGAUUUGGAAAGGAUAAAUUGUGUAAGGGGACAUAUUGCUUGUGGGGGUUCUCGGGAGAAAGGAGAGAGGGGGGCAUUUAACAUUGUCAAUCUGCCUGGCUUUGGAGCAUUUGUACUUGAAGAGACAAACCCAGAAUUGUACAUUUGAAUAAGUCCAAAUGGACAGGUUUGCUUCAAUAAAGCAGUAUUUUUUUCCUCUA